AUGCCUACCACUACCGCGGAGACGCUCUCCCUCGUGACGCGCAACGUCUCCGUCGCACCCCUCGUUCUCCUCUCAGCUGUCGAUCACUACAACCGGACCGUUCAGAACAAGACGAAGAGGCGGGUGGUGGGAGUUCUUCUCGGCCAGAAUGAUGGCAAGAACGUUCGAGUAUCCAAUAGCUUCGCCGGUGCGUACUCCCUUGAUCUGCCCCUUGCCCUUCUCCAAGCACUGCCAUUGACGACGGUAAUAGUCCCCUUUGAGGAGGACGACAAGGAUCCCUCCGUGUGGUUCCUGGACCAUAACUACGUAGAGUCGAUGAACGACAUGUUCAAAAAAGUCAACGCCAGAGAAAAGCUAAUCGGCUGGUACCACUCUGGACCCAAGCUUCGUGCGUCAGAUCUCGAGAUCAACGAUCUCUUCAAGCGCUACACGCCUAACCCGCUGCUUGUCAUCAUCGACGUUCAGCCGAAGGAGUCCGGUGUGCCGACGGACGCGUACUUUGCGGUCGACGAAAUCAAAGACGACGGUACCACAACCUCGAGAACCUUUGUUCACACCCCCUCCAUCAUCGAAGCGGAGGAAGCGGAGGAGAUAGGUGUCGAGCACCUGCUGCGAGACAUCCGAGACGUCGCCGUCGGCACGCUUUCCACCCGCGUCACCAACCAACUCCAGUCGCUCCAAGGUCUGCACUUGCGGCUGCGCGACAUCGGCGCCUACCUGCAAAAGGUUCUCGAUGGGCAGCUCCCCGUAAACCACGCCAUCCUUGGCAACCUGCAGGAUGUCUUCAACCUGCUCCCCAAUCUCUCCACACCGGAGGGCGAUGGGAAGUCGGGUAGUGGCGAGCUGGCGCACGCCAUGAGCAUCAAAACCAACGAUCAGCUGAUGGCCAUCUACCUGAGCAGCUUGAUCCGAGCCAUCACCGCAUUCCACGACUUGAUUGAGAACAAGAUACAAAACCGGCAGCAGCAGGAGGAGAAGGAUGGCAGGAAGGAGGAGGCCAAUGGCAAGGAUGAGAAGAAGGACGUUGGUGCGAAUGGCGUCAACGGCGAAUCCAAGGACGAGAAGGGCAAGGAGAAGGAGGGCAAGGAGAAGGAGGGCAAGGAGAAGGAGAGCAAGGAGAAGGAAAAGUAA